AUGGAAGAUACAUACGAGAUCACCUCCACCGCCGACCACACGUUGGCCCAGUUAAGAAAAUCAAAGAAGCUCAAACCCAAAACACAUCCUCUACCCCCAGUAAAAAGCACCAAAGAUUCCCCAUUACCAAAUAUAGUCUUCACUAAGAAACCUCAAAUUAUUUAUACUGAUGCAUCACAGUUCAGGUCAGUCGUUCAACGCCUAACGGGAUUGUCCGCCAAACAUAGUGAUGGAAAAACUGACCAACCUAAGUCAGAGAAGUAUUGCAGAGAGAGCAAAGCUUAUGAGGAUAUGUUCAAGUGUAUGAGCUCUCUGAAGAUGUUGGAUCAAUCAGUAAACAUUUCCCAGGAAUGCUUAGACUGCUUGGUUUACUGCACUCUCUUCCCAAAGGAUUACGAGAUAGAUCACGAUACGUUGAUCCAGUUAUGGAUGGCAGAAGGUUUGAUCAAGGAAGAACCCAUGGAAGAUAUAGCUGCUUCCUAUCUCCGAGCUCUUUGUGAGCAUAAAGAAUACAUUUCUUUCUUGAAAGAAGAUCAUUAUGGUACUGGGAAAUCUUGGUACAAGGUACACAGUCUUGAACUUCCAGAACAGGUCCUAGAAAGAUCGAAAAUCACUCGUGUAAGAGAAACAGAACACUUUCAUGUAACUUUGCAGUGUUUUCUCAAUAUUGAUCUUCAAGCUCUUGGAAGAUUUACAAAUAUGAGGUCGCUUUUGUUGCUGCGGAAUCAUAAGGCUAAGAAUGUUGAUCACAUUGCUUAUAAUCUAUUCAUGUCGUUGCAGAAUCUCCGUGCUCUGGAUUUGAGCAAGACUAAAAUAUCAGAGAUUCCAAGUUCUAUAGGUAAUGCUAGAUCUCUGUGUUAUCUUGACCUCUCUGAAACACUCAUUAAAAGGUUGCCUGAAACCAUAGAGUUCCUUCAAAAUUUGCAAACCUUGAAGCUCCAGAACUGUCCUCGCCUAGUAGCAUUACCAAAAGCCAUCCGAAAGCUAACAAGCCUUCGACAUCUUGAUCUUGGCACCCUUCGCCGUAUCAAUUCUAUGCCAGCUGGGAUGGGCGCAUUAACAGGCCUGCACACUUUGUCAGAGUUCAUUGUUGGUAGAGAAAAUGGUUGCCGCAUUAGAGAAUUGGCAAACAUGAACGAGCUUGGGGGAAAACUUUGCCUUUCAAAGCUUGAAAAUGUUGCUAACCUGAAUGAUGCUAAGGAGGCAAGCCUGAAAUAUAAGCAACGACUCAAGAAUUUAGAGCUUCAAUGGACUGAUGACGAGCACCAAGAGAGCAUCGGAGUCACCAAUGAGGUGAUCAAGUAUCUACAACCACACACAAACCUCAAAGGCCUACGGAUACUUUGUUACAGGGGAUCAAUAUUUCCAAGUUGGAUUAGCGACCCAUCUUUUGUUAACCUCACAAAACUAACCCUCUUCAAAUGUGCAAGUUGUCAACUCCUGCCAUCUCUAGGACAGCUACUUUCACUUGAAUCACUCAGUUUGAUCGAUAUGAUUGGAGUCAGAAUCAUUGAUUUUCACUUUCGGAGAGAUGAGCACAUUGUUGUUGCUGCAGCUGCUAUUGAUGAGGAUGAUCAGUUUGUUGCAUUCCCAGCACUACAGAAAUUAGAGAUCAAAUCAAUGCUUAACUUAGAAAAAUGGAACAAUAUAGGAAAACUUGACUUUCCAUGUCUACGAAAGCUUUCAAUCAAGGAUUGUCCAAAAUUGGCUGCUCUUUCUGAGCUGACAAACAUUCGUGCUCUAGAAUAUUUGGAAUUAAAUCAAUGCACCAAGCUUCAAACAUUGGCCGAAGGAGAAUUCGCGCCUUCACUUAAAACGUUGGUGGUUGAAGAUUGUCCUUUGUUGAGCUUAAGUUAUUCCAUGGAGGUUAACCAAGAUUGGGUUCAGAGUCAGCAUAGUUCUAAUUCAUUCAUAUACCAACGAGGAAAGGAGGCCGAAGAGCAGGGAGGAAUUCUUGAUAGGGAAUGCUCUCCAAUUGCCAGUUCCGAUCUGCAAACACGAGAAGAAGGUUACCUUCACUGGGGAGAGAGCAGCAUAUAG